AUGGCGGAUAAGAAUGAUUUGCCGUAUGUGAAUGCCGUCGUUAGUGAAGCCCAACGGAUGGCCAAUCUGCUUCCCCAAAACCUAUUCCGCGUCACCAAUGAAGACGUCAAAAUCCAGGGCUACCAUAUUCCGAAGGGCUCCGUCGUUUGUCCACAAAUCAGCUGUGUACUCUACGAUGAUAAGAUCUUCCCGGAACCGUAUAAAUUCAAACCGGAGCGCUUUUUGAAUGCCGAUGGCUCGUACAGAAAAUAUGAAGAAUUGGUGCCAUUUUCUGUUGGGAAGCGACAAUGUGCGGGUGAAGGACUUGCAAGGCUCGAGCUGUACAUUGUUAUUGCAAAUAUCUUCCAGACGUUCAAGAUCUCCUCCAAAAACCUU